AUGAGGGAAGUGGCAGCAUGUGGAUUAAUCAUUCUAGUAUUCGACGCGGUGCUGUGUUUGGCACUGUGGGCCGGACUGGUGCUGCUGGAGUGCUCCAGUUGUGGUGGGCUGGCUGGUGUGUGGGCCUUUGGAGCAGUGAAGUGGGCCAUUCUCUGUGUUUUCACCUCUAAUCUGACCGAUGGAAAGCCAGAGGGUGUGCUCCGCAGGUUGGUGGCACUCCUCUGCCUUCUUUCUCCCAUGUUUGAAAGUGGACGGUUCCUCAUGGCGCCUCCCUCGGAGCCCUACACAGGACCAUCUCCUGACCUCAACAUGCUGCUCCUGGGCCCCAUGUCCUCGUCGCUGGCCUGUGUGGUUUGGGAAAAGGGCCUCUGUGGUGAAUCAAAGAUGAAGAAGGACAACAUUAAACUGGAUGCAAGGCGACUGCUUGCAAGGACGCUGAAAUACUUCAAACCAGACACCUUUUACCUGAUUGCAGCUUUCACUUUCCUCAUCUUAGGUGUCAUCUGCGAUACAUUCAUCCCAUGGUAUCAGGGGAAGGUCAUUGAUAUGCUAGGAGGUCAAGUACUUCAAACCAGCUUCUGUUAUGCAAUUGGACAGCUGGCUCUUGUCUCUCUUGGAAGCGCUCUGUUCUCUGGCUCAAGAGGAGGCAUAUUUAUGUGCACUCUGGCCCGACUGAACAAGAGACUGAAGCAUCUGCUGUUUCACUCCCUCCUGCAGCAGGAAGUGCACUUCUUUGAGGAGAACAACCCUGGACGUCUCUCCUCCCGCCUGCACUCUGAUGUGGACAGGAUGGGCCGCGCGGUAGCACUGAACGCCAACGCGGUGGUUCGCAGCACAGUCAAAACCUGCCUCAUGCUCACCAUGAUGUUGGGACUGUCCUGGGAGCUCACUCUGCUCACCUGCAUAGAGAUGCCACUCAUGGCCAUGCUGCAGAAUAAAUACAGCACCUUGUCCAAGGAGCUGAAAGAUCAGAUCCAGGAAUGCGAAGCUCAGAACAAGGAGCUGGCUCACCAGACGAUCAGCGGGAUUCGCACCGUCCGGGGCUUCAAGGCAGAGAAAGAUGAACUGAGGAGGUAUACCAAGGCUCUGGACCACAUGUGCGAUGUGAAGAAACGUUCAGGAAUCUACAGCGCAAUCUUCCUCAUAAUACGGAGGCUGGUGAGUAUGGGGAUAAAGGUACUUAUGCUGGUUCAGGCCCGCGGUCUCAUCUCGUCGGGUCACCUCACCAUCGGCAGCCUCGUGACCUUCUUCUUGUACCAGAAGCCCAUGUCACAAAAUUUAAGGGAGAUCAUGUAUUGCUAUGGAGAGACGCUGUCCACAGUUGGAGUCAUUUCCAAAGUCUUCAGUUAUCUCGACAGAAUACCAAAGUGUGAGAAGGAGGGAGAGUUAGCUCCGAAGAAGCUGGAGGGAAGAAUUGUUUUCCAAAAUGUCACCUUUGCGUAUCCCUCGGCUCCUGACAAACCAGCUCUGAAGUCAGUUUCUCUGGAACUUCAACCGGGGAAGGUGACAGCCCUGGUGGGUCCUUCUGGCAGCGGAAAGACGUCCUGUGUCAGCCUCCUGAAGAGGCUGUACGAACCUCAAGAGGGGCAGAUCCUGCUGGAUGGAAAACCGCUGCACCAUUACAAACACAAAUACCUCCAUCAAAAGAUGGCCCUGGUAUCCCAGAAUCCCGUGCUGUUUUCUGGUUCACUGAGAUACAACAUUGAGUACGGCCUGCAGGACUGCACCAUUGAGAAGGUGAAGGAAGCUGCAAAGAAGGCCAACGCAGACGGCUUCAUCUCUGGACUGGAGAACGAAUACGACACAGAUAUAGGGGAAUGUGGUGGCUCACUUUCAGAUGGACAGAAGCAGUGCAUCGCUAUCGUCAGAGCUCUGGUUCGAGAGCCGCAGGUCAUUAUACUGGAUGAAGCUACCAGCAAACUGGAUGUUGACGUGCAGUAUGCUGUGCUGCAGGAGGUUCUGGCUUGUGGUCAAACGGUCCUGGUGGUGGCUCAUCAGCUGAAGACUGUGGAGAAGGCGGAUCACAUCAUCUUCAUGGAGAAGGGAGCGGUCGUGGAGGAGGGGACGCACCAAGAACUCAUGGCCAAGAGAGGACGCUACCAUCGUCUGAAAGAGGAGCUGUUUAAUUAAAUGAACAUAUAAUUGGCUAAUCCCCCCCGUCUAGACUGCAAAUGUUAUCAGACGUGUUUUUCAUUCGCACGUCUCACACAACAGAUACGCUCUCAUUUUAAUCUAUACACCGGCUACCUAUACGCCAUCUCAGCUCCGUAGCCACGAAAAUAGUUCACCGAAAUGUGACGCCCCUUCUAUUGAAUCACCCUGCCAUUCUACCAGAAUGCAUUGCACAGCUGCUUACAAAGGCAAUGUAUGUGAACCGUAAAGGACGGAGGCUGUGGACACGUACCAUCACUCAGUCACCCAGUGUUUUUUUUGAGUUUGUAGGGCUGGUCUGCUGCGGUCCAGACAAAAAAAGGUCUGUCCUGAGGCAUUUAUCCUGACUCUGGGGAAGUGUGAAAAACAGUAAAAUUCCCCCAAACUACCGUAUCUCUGAGCUAAUCUUUUACUGAAAUCACACACAUUUAGGCUAUUCUAUGUGAUCUUCUUUUGAUAACCAAUGUUAUAUAUUUCCCUUCCAUUCACUGAGCCUCCCCUGAAACCUCUGCUCUAGUGAGAUUAUAAAUUAAUUUAUUCGAUAUUAAUGUGGUUAUUGAGGUAUAUUUUUAGGGCGAGGCAGUUAAACUCCACCUGAAAAGCAAAUACUGUGGCCACAAGUGAUAGUUAUUGCUGAUAUGAUUUUAAAUAAUAGAACAUUUAGUAGAAGAAUUAGUCAUAUCAGCUGCACAGCUACAGCUAUGUCUGUACAGUUAGCUACUGGUUAUACUAGACUGUAGCUGCACAGCCAUUGAGUGUAUUUACUGAACAAAGAUGUGCUUUUUUUACGACUUAAAGUUUAAUUUCCGAGGAACUAGGGAUGCACCAAUACAACUUUUUCAGUCCCAAUACCGAUAGCGAUACCUGGGCUUUGGGUGUCGGCCGAUGCUGAGUACCGAUCCGAUACCAGUGUUUAACUAAUAAGCUGUAUGUCUCACUGUGUGGAAGUGAAUGGGAUCAUUCUCUUAUGUACAUUUAGUGAUAUGUUUUUUAUUAUUAAAAUAAUAAAUCGUA